AUGACGAACUAUAAUAUCACCAUUACCAGUGACGUCGUAUGUCCAUGGUGCCUCAUAGGUCAUGCGCGUCUGUCUCGCGCCAUUGCAGAACACAAGAAGACGUAUCCCAAUGAUAGCUUUCACCUGAAAUACUUGCCUUUUUAUCUCAACCCACCGCCGCAGCUGACCAGUGGGAGGGGUCCAGCGCCUCCACCUUUUCCAGCACCGUCGCGCCCAAGGCGUGAAAUGUACGCUGCAAAAUUUGGACCUGAGCGCGCCAAGCAAAUGGAAGCCAUGAUGACCCAGACCGCCCGUGCUGAAGGGUUCAACUUCAAAUUCGGCGGUAUGACUGGGCCCUCGAGGAACGGACACCGACUUGUCCACUGGGCACAGGGGAAAGGAGGCGAGGACUCCCAGAACAAGGUUAUGAUGGGUCUCUGGAGGCGCUAUUUCGAAGAGGAAGUUGAUAUCACCACUCUGGACAAUUUAGUGGAUGUGGGAUUGGAAGCUGGGCUGGGCACCAAGGAGGAGAUUACCGAGUAUCUGACUUCUGGCAAGGACGGGGAGUUGGUGGACAAAGAAGCAGAAGAGGCGCAUCUGAAGGGCAUCUCGGGUGUGCCCUUCUACGAGAUCAACGAUAUGUGGGAGGUAUCUGGCGCGCAGGAUCCCCUAGCCUUCCAGAAAUUGUUCCUCAGGUGGAAGGAGUUGGAGGCCAAGGGACAAGUGCCCACAGGUGAUGCCGGCGCGAAGACUUCUGCAGGAAAUGGCUGCUUGUGA